UGUCAGUGGCGGUCCUGUGAUGGCGGCGGCGCGGCGCCGGCAAUCGCGGCGGCUGGGGGCGCCGGGGGGGCUGUGCCGCUCCUAACUCGGCGUCGGGACCCUGCGCCAUGGGGAGGAGCCGCGACCGGCGGCUGGCCUGAGGCGGCGGCAGCGGCGGCGACAGCGGGGAGUGCGGCACCGCUGAGGGGGCCCCGCCGCGGGGACCGCGACCCGCGCCGCCGGGGAUGUUGCGGUGGGUCCGGCAGCAGCUGGGUUUUGACCCACCGCAUCAAAGCGAUACAAGAACUAUUUAUAUAGCAAAUCGUUUUCCCCAGCAUGGCCAUUAUGUUCCUCAGAAGUUUGCGGACAACAGAAUCAUAUCAUCCAAGUAUACGGUGUGGAAUUUUGUUCCAAAAAACUUAUUUGAGCAGUUCAGAAGAGUAGCCAACUUUUAUUUUCUGAUUAUAUUUUUGGUUCAGCUCAUGAUAGAUACCCCUACCAGUCCUAUUACCAGUGGAUUGCCAUUAUUCUUUGUCAUAACUGUGACAGCCAUAAAACAGGGUUAUGAAGACUGGCUACGACAUAAAGCAGACAAUGAAGUAAACGGUGCUCCGGUUUAUGUUGUUCGAAGUGGUGGCCUUGUAAAAACCAGAUCUAAGAACAUUCGGGUGGGGGACAUUGUCAGAGUAGCCAAAGAUGAGACUUUUCCUGUUGAUCUGGUGCUUCUGUCAUCUGAUCGAGUCGACGGUUCAUGCCAUGUUACUACUGCAAGUUUGGAUGGAGAGACCAAUCUUAAGACACAUGUUGCGGUCCCAGAAACAGCAGUGUUACAGUCUGUUGCCAACCUGGACAAACUUGUAGCUGUUAUAGAAUGUCAGCAACCAGAAGCAGAUCUAUACAGAUUUGUUGGAAGAAUAACUAUAAGUCAACAAGCUGAAGAAAUCGUACGACCUCUUGGGCCUGAAAGUCUCUUACUUCGUGGAGCAAGAUUAAAAAACACUAAAGAAAUAUUUGGUGUUGCAGUGUAUACAGGUAUGGAGACAAAGAUGGCAUUAAAUUACAAGAGUAAAUCUCAGAAACGGUCAGCAGUAGAAAAGUCCAUGAAUUCCUUUUUGAUUAUUUAUCUAAUAAUCCUCCUCUUUGAAGCCAUUCUGAGUACUAUUUUAAAGUAUGCAUGGCAAGCUGAAGAAAAAUGGGAUGAGCCUUGGUACAAUGAAAAAACAGAGCAUGAAAGAAACAGCAGUAAGAUUCUGAGAUUUAUUUCUGAUUUUCUUGCUUUUCUGGUACUUUACAAUUUUAUCAUACCUAUUUCACUUUAUGUGACUGUUGAGAUGCAGAAAUUUCUUGGAUCCUUUUUUAUUGGCUGGGAUCUUGACCUCUAUCAUGAAGAAACAAACCAGAGAGCACAAGUAAAUACUUCAGACCUCAAUGAGGAAUUGGGACAGGUAGAGUAUGUGUUUACAGACAAAACCGGUACAUUAACUGAAAAUGAGAUGCAGUUUCGGGAGUGCUCCAUUAAUGGCAUAAAGUACCAAGAGGUCAAUGGUAAACUAACUCCAGAGGGGUUUUCUGAAGAUUCUCCAGAUGGAAAUAGGCAUAGUUUGAUGAAAGAGGAAGAACUCUUCUUGAAAGCAGUUUGUCUUUGUCAUACAGUACAGAUCAAUGCAGAUCAAACAGAUGGUGCCGAUGGUCCCUGGCACGCCAAUGGAAUAGCAUCCCCAUUGGAGUAUUAUGCUUCUUCACCUGAUGAGAAAGCUUUAGUUGAAGCUGCAAGCCGGGUUGGAGUAGUAUUUACUGGAACCAGUGGGGACACUAUGGAAGUAAAAAGCCUUGGAAAACCAGAAAGGUAUAAAUUGCUUCAUGUUUUGGAGUUUGACCCAAAUCGCAGACGAAUGAGCGUCAUUGUAGAGAGUCCCUCAGGGGAAAAGCUUUUAUUCACAAAGGGAGCAGAAUCUUCCAUUCUUCCUCGUAGUAAGAGUGGAGAAAUAGACAAAACAAGGGUACAUGUGGAUGAAUUUGCUUUGAAAGGACUAAGAACUUUGUGUGUAGCCUACAGAAGAUUCACACCUGAGGAGUAUCAAGAAAUUGGCAAACGCCUUCAGGAGGCCAGGACUGCCUUACAACAACGGGAAGAAAGAUUAGCAGAUGUAUUCAACUUCAUAGAAAGGGACCUGGAAUUACUUGGGGCUACAGGAGUAGAAGACAAACUGCAGGAGAAAGUCCAAGAAACUAUAGAAGCUCUCAGGUUGGCUGGUAUCAAAGUGUGGGUACUCACUGGAGAUAAGCACGAAACGGCUGUUAGUGUCAGUUUAUCAUGUGGACACUUUCAUAGAACCAUGAACAUCCUUGAGCUUGUGCAGCACAAGUCAGACAGUACCUGCGCAGAGCAACUGAGACAGCUAGCCAAAAGAAUAAAGGAAGACCAUGUUAUCCAGCAUGGACUGGUUGUGGAUGGGACCAGCCUCUCUCUUGCACUCAGGGAACAUGAAAAACUGUUCAUGGAAGUUUGCAAAAACUGUUCUGCAGUGUUGUGCUGUCGCAUGGCACCCCUUCAGAAAGCAAAGGUAGUGCGACUGUUAAAAACAUCUCCAGAGAAACCUAUAACAUUAGCGAUUGGCGAUGGUGCUAAUGAUGUGAGCAUGAUACAAGAAGCACAUGUUGGCAUAGGAAUCAUGGGCAAGGAAGGAAGGCAAGCUGUAAGAAACAGUGACUAUGCAAUAGCACGGUUUAAAUUCCUCUCCAAGUUGCUUUUUGUUCACGGGCACUUUUACUAUAUUAGAAUAGCAACCCUUGUACAGUACUUUUUUUAUAAGAAUGUGUGCUUUAUUACACCACAAUUUUUAUAUCAGUUCUUCUGUUUAUUUUCACAACAGACGCUCUAUGACAGUGUAUACCUGACUUUGUACAAUAUUUGUUUCACUUCCUUGCCUGUCCUCAUAUACAGUCUUUUUGAACAGCAUGUGCAUCCGCAUGUAUUACAGAGUAAACCUGUGCUCUAUCGAGACAUCAGUAAAAAUGCCCAUCUGGGAUUUAAACCAUUUCUUUACUGGACCAUCUUGGGCUUCUUUCAUGCAUUUGUUUUCUUUUAUGGCUCGUAUCUUCUAAUGGGAGAAGACACUUCUCUGCUGGGAAAUGGCCAGAUGUUUGGAAACUGGACAUUUGGUACUUUGGUCUUCACCGUUAUGGUUAUAACUGUUACGAUGAAGAUGGCACUAGAAACUCACUUCUGGACAUGGAUAAACCAUUUUGUUACUUGGGGAUCCAUUGUAUUUUAUUUCAUAUUCUCCUUGUUUUAUGGGGGAAUUAUCUGGCCAUUUUUACAUACCCAGGACAUGUACUUUGUAUUUGUUCAACUGUUGUCAAGUGGUUCUGCUUGGUUUGCCAUAAUCCUCAUAGUAGUUGCUUGUUUGUUUCUUGAUGUUGUGAAGAAAGUGCUGUACAGACAUCUACAACCAACAAGUACUGAAAAAGCUCAGAUGUACUCCAACAGAGUUGCUUUAAGUGACGAGUUCAUCGCACUGCAGCCAUUGUCCAGGGCAAGGAAUCAGCUGAGCAAGAUUAGCUUACUGAGGCAGGUUCAGGUAUCAACUGCUUGGACUCCAUGUGCUGCUUCUCAGAUGGGGAAACAGCAUGCACAUCUGUUAGAAGAAUGCUGGAACGACUAAUGGGAAGAUGUAGUCCGACCCGGGUCAACAGUGUUUGUAAGGUUACCGAAGAAACAUGCAUUUAAACAAUUCAGGAAGAACUUAAGAACCCAUCUGUCUGCCAAGGUAUAUUUUUCUAUUUGCAGUAAAUCUAAAUCAGUAAUUUCUCAUUUAGUAAGAACGUUGAAUUGGUUUGCAUAAGACCAGAUUUUCUGGGGUCUGACAAAUAUUUUGGAUGGAAGAAGUGACUGUUUUUUUGUACUGAUGUCACAAAUCUUGUAAAAUUGCUUCUGUUCAAGGAAGAAAGAUUUUAUGUGUUUCUUUGACUGCUAAUGCGUAUAAAACCAUUCACUCUGCAUCGGGCACAAUGUAGAAUUCUUCAUGAAGAAGACUGAACAAAACACGGCUACGCCAGCAUAAAGCUAGCAUGCAGCUCGUCCACGGAGAGUGAAUGGGUGAGGGAGAAUUUGCCAUAGAGGAAAUGUUUUAGAAUUACGUCUUCGCCUUGAAAUCCGUAAGGUAUGGCAGAAAAGCCAAUAGUAGCUAUUUUAGUUAAAAGCAGGAGUGGUGUAUAGUCAUUUUACUAUGCAGCAUCUCUGAAGAAGCACCUUCUCCAUAACUGAAUUCUCAGCAGAUUUUAGGUCUCGUUCUGUGAAAGAGGGUUUCUCUGUUACUUUAAAAACCCCCAUAGUUUUAGUUGCCAAACUUACAGGUUUGUUCUUGGUUUUGUUUGUUUUUUUUUUUUAAAGGGUGCAGUGGAAAAAAUUAAGUGGGAAGAUGCUCUGAAUUUGUUUCACAAACUAGAAUGUAAAUAUUCUCCUUAAAAUAUUCUGUAUAUUUUUUUAAGGUUGGGAGGGAGAAGGAAUAAAUAGAUGCAAAGGAAGGAAGCCUGAAAACUCUGGCUUUACACUUUCAGAAUGAUUUCUUGUUUUCUAGUGCAAAAGAUUUGAGAAAAGCUUAUACAGCUUAGACUGCAUAUUGAGCAACUAUAAUUUCAUACUGGAAACCUUUAGUAAUACUUUCAAACUUUUUUUUUUUAUGACAAUAUAACUUCUAUAUUGGGAAAAAAUCUUAUUUUCUAGUGUUAGAAAUGUCUCAAAGGUGUAGUCUACAUCGUUUUUAAUAGUUUUAUCUGAUACUUCUGUACUUAGUGAUUUUUGGUGACAUUCAGUGUUGAAAAUGCCUAGUCAGUAUAUGCUUCUGAACCAUUUAUUGUGAGAUGCUCUGUUUCUUGGAGCACAAGACCUCUCACACCCUCACACUGCCUUGUGGCACAGACAUCACUGCUGUAAGGUGUUACUCCUGGAGCUGGAGGAGCUGUUCAUCAUGGAUGAAUAUUGGCCUUUUUUUUUUUUUUUCCCCUGUUCCUAAGUUAUUGCCCAGACUUGUUCUUUGCAGAUCUGGUGGGGUGUUGUGGGGGUUUUUUUUAUGUUGGUGGUGUUUUGGUUUGUUUUUUUUCUGUGAAUGUUUUAUUGUUGGUAGUUUUGUAUGUUCUUUGCUUCUGUUGUUUGCUUCCAGUGGCAUGAUUUGUCUGGUUUCUGCUCUCUGUUGGAAUGACUGGAUCUGUAAACAGAAGGAGAGACUGGAUGCUCAUGGCUGUAUCAAUUCUCGCCAUCAACUGUCAUGGAGGCACAUUCGCAUUGGUAUUUACAAGGCUUCUGCUUUCCAUAGAUUUUUUUUUUUUUUUUC